CUCUCAUCUCAUCGCAUUCUUCCGUCGCGGAAAAAUCAGCAGUCAAUUGGGGAGAGUGAGAGAGACAGAGAGCUGACGGUCGGGGAGACCGAUCUGAGCUCAGCUCGACUCGACUCCAUCGUCGACCUCUUCUCCUCUCGGUUGAUUUUGUGUUUGUUAGCUCAGGACUCAGACUUCUCUCCCUCCCACCAUGAACGAGAAGGCAGGCGUCUCCAAGGAGCUCAAUGCGAAGCACAAGAAGAUCUUGGAAGGGCUGCUCAGAUUGCCUGAGAACAGAGAAUGCGCUGACUGCAAAACCAAAGGUCCAAGAUGGGCUAGUGUUAACUUAGGCAUAUUCAUAUGCAUGCAGUGUUCAGGGAUUCACAGAAGCCUUGGUGUUCACAUCUCAAAGGUGAGAUCUGCAACACUCGACACAUGGCUUCCAGAGCAGGUUGCCUUUAUACAAUCCAUGGGGAAUGAGAGGGCUAAUAGCUUCUGGGAAGCAGAGCUGCCUCCAAAUUAUGACAGAGUUGGGAUUGAAAAUUUCAUCCGUGCAAAGUAUGAGGAGAAGAGAUGGGUACCGAGGGAUGGAAAUUCCAGGUCACCUUCCAGAGAUCAUGAGCAAACAGAUCCUGUGGAUCUGCCUAGACCUGAACAAAGAAGUGAACAUGCAUUAGUGAGCAAUUCUGGGAGUUCAUUUGAGCAUAGAACAAAUACUCAUGCUUCUGGUACAAAGGGAACAAGAACUAGAGUACCUGUUUCUCGGAAAGGACCUGAGCAGGCUGUUCCAAAGAAAGAAAGAUCUCAAGCAAGGCAAGAAGCUCCAGAACCUGCUUCGGCUGCACCUCCUCCAAAGACAGAUUAUGCUAUUGACCUUCUCGACAUUCUUUCCAUGGAUGGUCCGACUGAAAAUGGCUCAGACUCUGCUCCUAUUGAUGAUUGGGCAGGUUUUCAGUCUGCUGGAGCUGUAUCAACAUCUGGAAAUGAUGGAUCCAAUCCCCAAAAGCCUGCUGAGGCUAGCCCCAUGACAUCAUCUGGAAUAGAGGAUCUAUUUGAAAACAUGUCUCCUAUAACUCCAGUUACAGAGAAGCCUGAGAAAGAUGUUAAAAACGAUAUAAUGAGCCUUUUUGAGAAGUCCAACAUGGUAUCCCCAUUUUCCAUGCAUCAGCAGCAACUCGCAAUGCUAGCACAGCAGCAGUCUCUCCUAAUGGCUGCUGCAGCCAAAUCUGCUGGUGGAGAUCUAAAAUUUGCCAGCACCUUGCAACAAAAUGGUUCUAAAAGCAUGACCUCGAUGAACUGGCCCAAUGCGAGCUACCACGUGCCAGGAUUGACCCAAGUAGGAGCACAGCCCAUGCUAAAAAAUCAUCUUCAGGCUAUGAAUGUACCCGCGUCAGAUCCACUGGGAAACUCUAUGCCGUACCAAUCCAAUAGCUAUCACACUCCGGCGCAAGCCACCCCAGUUGGAUCAGCUUCUUCACGGACACAGCCAGGGAAAGACUACGACUUCUCCUCACUCACGCAAGGGAUGUUCUCCAAACGCUGACACUCCGACUCAGGCUGCUAGAAUUAUACAUUACGAUGUUAAAGUAUCCAAAAGUUAAGAGGGGAUCAUUAAAUGGAGCUUUCCCUCUGUAAACUAUUCUUAAGAGGUUGAAUGGAUUUGGUCUGUUCUCUUCCUUCUUCGAUGGGUUUGAUUAUUUGUAUGUGAGCUUUUGAAGCAAUAAAAGUUGGGGUUUUAGAUUGAU